AUGGCCGACAAACCCAAGGUCCUGCUGCUUGGCAAGAUCGAACAUGCACAGGAAGCCUGGGCGACCAUUGCCGACAUCGCCCACGUUCUCGAGCCCAAGGCCACCGACCGCCAGCAAUUCCUUGCCGAAUGCAGAUCCGGCAUUUUUGACGGCGUCACCGUCGCCUACCGCACCUUUGGCUCGGUCAGCGUGACGGGUAGGAUCGACGACGAGCUUCUCGACGUCCUCCCCAAGAGCCUCCGCUUUCUCUGCCACAACGGUGCUGGCUACGAUCAGGUUGACAUCCCAGCCUGCACCAAACGCAAUGUGCGCGUCUCCAACACCCCCACGGCUGUCGAUGACGCCACCGCCGACAUAAACAUCUGGCUCCUCAUCGGCGCCAUGCGCAACCUGCCAAUCUCCAUGAACGCGCUCCGAGCAGGCGACUGGCGCGGCAAGACCCUCCCCAGCCUCGGCCACGACCCCCAGGGCAAGGUUCUCGGCAUCCUCGGCAUGGGCGGCAUCGGCCGCAACCUUGCCGCCAAGGCCCGUGCUUUCGGCAUGAAAAUUCGUUAUCACAAUCGUUCACGCCUUUGUCCAGACCUCGAGGGCGACGCCGAGUACGUCAGCUUCGAGACUCUCCUCUCGGAGAGCGAUGUUCUCAGCCUCAACCUGCCCCUGAACCCACAAACCCGCCAUACGAUAUCCGCGCCCCAGUUUGCCCUCAUGAAGCCCGGCAUCGUCAUCGUCAACACGGCUCGCGGUGCCGUCAUGGACGAGGCUGCCCUCGUCGACGCUCUGGCCUCGGGCCGCGUCGCCACCGUCGGCCUCGAUGUCUACGAAGAAGAGCCCGACAUCCACCCAGGGCUCAUGUCCAACGAGAACGUCCUCCUCGUCCCUCACAUGGGAACUUGGACCGUCGAGACGCAGACAAAGAUGGAGGAGUGGGCCAUCAGCAACGUGCGCUUGGCUGUCACGGAGGCGAGGCUAAGAAGCAUCGUGCCCGAGCAAAAAGAUAUGCCCUGA